AUGUCUUGGGGGGUGGGGGGGCAUCGGAUCUUCAGCCACUGCCAACACUUCAAGGGUGAAGAUUCUGGCUACGCCAGCAGAGGGCGCUGCGCAAGUGCAUCCAGAGGCGGAGAUGCGGCGGCAGAGCUGAGCACCGCCGACUUGUCGGCCACCUACCAAAAAACCCCCGGGGGGCGCGGAGCUCUCGUCAACGAGGACCCGAGGCGGGAGGGGCGAGGAAACCGGCCCCCGGGCAGGGUCCACGGCCAGGUUCAGGUGAAGGGCUGCCUCCCGCCCACCAACAGGCGUCGAGUCCCAGGGCAGGUCACCUGGACAUCUCCGGUUCACGACAGGGGAAAUCUUAUUCGUCUGGCUCUACUGAUGAACAGGCACCGGGCUAGCUCAAGUAACACCGCGCCAUGA